AAAGCACCAACAUCGGUAGUCUUUUGUGAUUAUUCACUUUCGCCCGUCCACUCGCGCCAGAGCGAGCUCUCAAUCUAUCGCCGAGGCGGCCCCUUUGCUUUUUCCCACUGUCCCAUCUGCCAGUCCAUAUCGCUAGCGGGAUUCCCCGCUCCCACUUGUGGUCCCCGAUCUGAUGAUCCAGGGCUUGAAUGGCCGCUUGGACAGAGCUGAACAUAACCACGUAUAAGUAUCGUGGCGCUCGCUUUCAUCUCAUGAACCGGAACGAUUUCCUCUGUCCCAUCCAACAACACCAGCACGAAGCUUUCCAUACCCCACCAGCAUUCAGAACGGUCACCCUGCAAGUCUUGCCCUCGCUCUUCAAAUCCGCCCAUCAAGAUGGUUGCAGUGUGCUGUGCGUCUCAAAUGGCGAAGCCUCAGGCAACCAACCGCCAAAAGCUCCCGGAAAGCGUUGCCCGACGUGCACGGAUUUGGUGUGGGUGUUGCCUGGCCGCUGUUGCCCGCACUGCGGCACAUAUGUUGGCUAAAUGCCCAGCACGGAAGAGGCUUCAAGGGGUCAUGGUUCGCCAGGGAGAUUGCCGAUCCUCACUCAUGCACACCUGAACUAUCACAUCACUCAGCUCA